AUGACACAGCAAUGGGCCCGAACGUUGAUAAAUCACGCAGUGUACUCCACCUCAGCUUGUGACGCCUUCCCAAUUGCCCCCGCUCAUAAUCAUUCCAAUUUCAAUGGUGUGCGCAUGGGUUACGAUCCCUAUAAUUACACUAGCGGACACUGGCUUCGUGACGACAAGGAAGAGCGAGCCUCUCGUUACAUCAAGUUUGACUUUGAUGCCCUCUGUCGCAAGAUCCUUGAUCUGUCGCCCAAGGCAAGUUCCAUCAUAGACUGUCAGAAGAUUGAAGGGGGCUUCAAUAGAGUCUUUGUCUUUGAGCUUGAUAAUGAUACACGACUGGUGGCGAAACUCCCAUUCGCGCUGGCUGGUCCAUCGCGGCUAACCACCAGCUCUGAGAUCGCUACUACUAAAUACUUGCAAGCCAAUACUACAGUUCCUAUACCCAGAAUUCUUGACUGGAGUGACGAUGCCACGAGCAUCAAUAAUCCCAUUGGCAGCGAAUACAUCAUCAUGGAGCAUGCAAAUGGUGUUCAAUUGCAUAAGAAAUGGCAUGAAAUGUCUGAUAAGCAGCGUGUCAAAUGCAUAGACGCAAUCUACCGGAAGCUUAAAGAAGUGGUUGACCUGCAGUUUCCGUGCUUUGGGAGUCUGUAUUCUAUACACAGUCCCGUAUGCCCUGACAAUAGGCAUCCGCUUGAUGGAGACUUCUGUAUCGGGCCACAUUGCGAGACCAGAUACUGGAACUUUACAGCUUCACAAGAUCUUAACCCAAACCGGGGGCCCUGGAUCAAUCUUCAGCAGUACUGUGAUGGCCUUGUUGAUGCUGGUCUGUCGAGGCUUCCCACUGUUGAUCUAGGAAGGAGAAUGCGGCCGAUCUCAUACACGAACUCUAUUGAGAUGUAUGUCUCAGGAUUCUCGGAUAAGAGAGUGUGCAACACCGGUGUUGUUCCACCCGGACCUCCACAAGAGGAACAUUUUGUUUCAGAGGAUGAUCCUUCUGUGAUAACUGGUAUCAUUGACUGGCAAGAUGCUAGCAUCGAGCCAGCAUUUUGGUAUGCGGAUGAGAUUCCUGACUUUGCAACGGAGAACGAGGUCUGCACCAGAGCAUUUGAUGUCUGCGCCCAAUUUCUCAUACCCACACUCUCAAAACCGAGAUUGAUGGACCAAAACCUAUUUCGACCAUUUCGCUACAGUUACAGGACAUGGAAGGAUGGCGCUGUGGCACUACACCACGACUUACUUGACACAUCUCGAAAUUGGGGAAGGCUAGGGUUUGCAGGGCGAUGUCCUUACGCAUUACCUCCACCGCCUGAACUCGCAGAUCAUCAGAAGAAGUAUAGACUUUUCGAGGCAGCGCAUAACCUGCGUUAUGAUCUGGCAGGCUUGCUCAACACUGCCACUGAUGGCUGGGUGCCAACGAGUGACUGGGAGGCGGCGCAGACAGCGCAUCAUGAGAUGUUUGGGGGAAUGCUGCAGGCUGUAUUGACUAAUCCAGACAUUGAUGAUCCUUAUGAGCCUGUGAAGGACGAAGAGACACUUAGAUCCAUAUGGCCAUUCGAUAUCUAG